GGGGAUUUGGGCUAUAAAAAUCACUUGUGAAUUUACAACCUUUUCAACAUGCAAAACUCGGCUGGCCAGAACAUCGACCUCUACAUCCCGCGCAAGUGCUCGUGGACGAACCGCAUCCUCGCGGCCAAGGACCACGCUUCGGUGCAGAUCGCCGUCGCCCAGGUCGAUGCCAACGGUGUCUACACCGGCCACAACGACGUCUACGCGCUCGCCGGCUACAUCCGCAACAAGGGUGAGGGCGACCACGCCUUGACCGAAUUGGCCCGCCGCGCCGAGGAGAAGAACUAAACUCCCUCUCUGCUUCGUAACACCAUGCAAAUGCAAGUCUGCUAUUUCGGGUUGUACUUCCUAUCUAUUCGAUGUAAUACACACACA